AAACCAAGUUGUAAAAUCGGCACAGCGCGCUUUGUUUACGAUGGUGUAUGCGCUGACCAUGUGGUCUUCGGGGCUCUUAUGGGCUUGGACAGUCCGCCUGCGUGGAAGAUGAAGAAACUGCCCAAGGACGACUUCGAAGACUUGUUCGGUGCAGUCGUCGGGUCCGUUCGAUACGAUGACCUUUACAUCACAAGCCAAAUUAAUAUCCGUUGGACCGCGGAGACGGGGGGAGUUCAAAAUCAGUGGUUCAUAUGGAAAUUUACAGUAUAA